UGGAGUGACUUGAGCUCACUGUGAGUCAGACAGCUCUGGCCUUCAGAGUCAGACAACAAGCAGAAGCGUCUCUGCUGGCUAGGCGAUUGUCCUCCUAACAUUUAAGAUGGAUACUGAAACUACAACAUAUGAUUACGACUACGAAACAUCCAGCUAUGAGCAGCCCCACACCUCACCAUGUAAUUUUAACAAUGUCAACUAUCUUGGAGCCCAGCUAUCCAUCCUCUACUACUUUAUGUUUGUCCUCAGUGUCUGUGGCAAUGGGCUGGUCCUGGUCAUCAUCCAUCGGUUUGAGAAGCUGACCACUGUGACCAACAUCUUGCUGCUGAACCUGGUGGUGUCCUCCCUGAUCUUCAUGAGCAGCCUUCCCUUCUGGGGAGUCUACUUGCAGCUCUCCUACUGGAGCUUCGGCCAGGCCAUGUGCAGGAUUGUCGGCACCGUCUACUAUCUGGGCUUCUACAGUUCUGUCCUCUUUCUUACUCUUUUGACCUUCGACCGACACCUUGCAGUUGUGUACUCCUUGACUGCGUCGCAGGUGAGGGGUCGAAGCUAUGCGGUAAUCUCUUGCGCUGUGGUGUGGCUGGUCAGCGGCCUGGCGUGCAUCAGACCGAUGAUUAUCCACACCACUUUUACAUUGAUGAAUACGACAUACUGUCAGGACUAUCCUGCUUUAACUUUAAAGUCUAUUGAUGUGGAACUGCUGAGAAAAUGUGGAUUUUACAUUCAGCUUAUCCUUUUCUUGAUCUUUCCUCUGGCUGUUAUUAUCUACUGCUACGUUAGGAUUGCUAUCACUGUCAUGACAUCCAAGAUAGUUACCAAGUUCAAGACAGUAAGGUUAAUAUUUGUCAUUGUCCUGAUGUUUUUCACAUGCUGGACGCCAUACAACAUUGCACUGAUGAUGCAAGAUAAAGCCACUGGAUGUGAGCAAAAGAAGAAAUGGGCUUAUGCUCUUGAAGUCACUCGCAUCAUGGCCUACAUUUACUUUUGCAUCAGUCCCAUCUUCUACACAUUUGUUGGGAAAAAGUUCCAGAACUAUUUCAGACAGCUGCUGGUGACUCGUUUCCCGCAGUUAAAGAAGCAUGUGUCGGUCAGUCAACAAAGCAGAACCAACAUGUCCACAAAAAGUACACGAAAUGAGCUUUGACUUCCUGGGUUAAAAAAAUACCGGUAUCAAUCAAUAUCUACACUUUGGUAAGCUAUGUUGCUCAUAGUUCUCAAGCCAUUUUGUAAGUUGUCCAGUCCAAAUUGAAGCUCCUGUCACUAUUUGUCGUCAUGGAACAAAAAAAAAAAGUUGACUAGAGAAGUACGUUUAGAUGAGAUACAAGGAAAGAUGGUUCUCUACAGAAAACCACAUCACUCCUGCACUGUAAAUACAAAUUGUUUUACCUUUUGAAGCCUAAUGGAAAGGUUCAAUCGUGAUGCUCCAGUGAUUUGUAAGGCUUGAUCUUGUUUGGCUUUUCUGCUGUGGUCGUUCAUUUACAGAUAGGUUUUGCUAACAUACAGCCCUCUGUUGGUCAGAAGGUUGAUGAAUGAAGCUCUACAUUAAUCAAGAUCUGUAUGCUGAGUGGCAAUUUUUAACUUCCCGUGCCAACAUUUCUGUGCAGACAGCCAUGGUGUCGUGUCCCAGAGUUCUAUGUUCCCCAGCUCUAUCUGCUAUUAAAAUGACUCAUUAAGGAGAUUUUAUGUUCUCAGCAAUGUCUUUCCCAAUCACUCACCUACAUUUUAUAACCUUUACUGGUAUUAUAAUCCUUGAAAAAAUCUAUAUCCCUUCAUUGCUUUGCAAUAUGAACUACAAAGCUAGCCAUUACCGAGAUUAAGAUGUAAUUUGAGUGCUCCAGGGAUGACGUUUUUCUGAAGGCCAGUGUGGAUGUUAGCCUUGUUUCCCUCGUCAUAAAAGUUUAUGGAAUUUCUCCAUUGGAUUUUGAAUUAUUGCGGAAUAUAAUCUCCUACAUGUUUAUUUCAUCAAGAAAAUCUUUACAAUAAAUGAUAUGCUAUAAACAAACUACAGCACAGUCGCAUGGUUUCAUGUCGCCGCCACAACAAGGCUGUAAAGGCGUGACCUUCUGUAGCCUCAGUUAGCCACAUGUCAGCAAGACAUGUAAAAGCUUCACAAUGACGUAUUUUAUGACGUAGAACAAAUCGUGAAGCUCUCUUAAGCUUGUGUUAACCACAGACCUUAUUUAAGCCAUCUAACCAAAAACCAUAAGUGCUAAAUCAUAGGCAGCUGACUUCUCAGGCCUCUUGGACGAGAGGUGAAACAUCUUCAAGAAACUCAAGCAACUCCAGUUGCCUACGAUAUAGCGCUUAAGAUUACCGUGACCUGGGUGAUUGAGAAUCUUCACCUACAUCUAACCUAAAAUCCAUUCAAAAACACUUUGACUUAGAGACGAGGAAACUAGUAAAAUGCUAACUCAUUUACAUGUUUUAGGACUCAUUCCUGGGGCACUCCAUAUUAGGAGACAUAGGAAUCUGGCGACAUAGAACCUGGGAACGUGGGAUUGACCCCAAUGUGGGUACGGUUAUUAAAGGGAUAGUGCACCCAAAAAUGAAAAUUCAGCCAUUAUCUACUGCAGAGCUACAGGCUACAAUGAGGCGAAAAACUGAGUUCAAAUGAUGUUUUUCCAAACAGCUUUUUAUGUCGGGGCUUCAGGACACUUGGAUCACUACGGACGAGCAGUAUGGAGAUAUUUUGUGGUUUCAAUUCUGUGUUUUUGGACGUUUGAAUCUGGGGCGCCAUCAGCCUCCAUUAGGUGGAGUUGUGUUGCUACCUCCUCUCCCCUUGGAUCUCCACAAGUGUGGUGAGGACUCUAAAACUUCACCUGAGCCUCCCUCGGCAUAUGGGUGAGUAGAUAAUGGCUGAAUUUACAUUUUUGGGUGCACUAUCCCUUUAACUUGUGGAAUAAUAUGGACAUGAACUCCAGUCUCCCACAUGAAAGAGAUGCUAUUUGUGUCCAUCCGUCACCUCAAAAGAGCACACUCUCACUCCUUGCUUCUGUUAAGCUACAUUAAGUGCAAACUAUUUCUUGUAUCGGCAGUGAAUGUCGGCACUAGACAUAAAUGAUGUGAUGCAGAUUUGUUCAGCAUGGACGUCAUUAGUAAAGUUACUGAACCUACAACUGUAUUAUGUGCACCUCCUGAAAACUGUGACUACACAUCGUGGCUAUGGCGGCUAAAGAGAUACCAUGUGGCGAACUGUAAUUGGUCACUUUGGUCCGCUUGAGUUUUCUACUAAAAGUCUGCACUGCCAGUAGAGAUUUUUGAUAUUGAAGACAAAAUUAAAGAAGUUGAACAAAGACAGACUUGUGCAACCAACCAUAUAUAGCGUGCUUCUCCAAGACAAUGAUUCAAGUGUGCACACUCAUUGUCCAGUCAUUUUCCACAUGGUCUUGAGCCUGCAAACAGCUGUUUGUGACUAUAUUUGUUCAGAUUUUGUAAAUGUUUUAAUCUUGUAUUGAUUCCUACAUUAUUACCUUUUAAAGAUGUGACUUUAUAAUGAAUCACGCCCUUUGUAAAAAGAGCUGAUUAUGAUGUAAUAUACUGAUUCAUUUCUUGUCUGGUGAAGUUUUAUUUCAAGCACAUUGUACAUGGAAAGAAAACAGUGAGGAGGCUGCACCAAAAAAGGGGAGUUAAAAGCUUAAUGUUUUGCUGUUUUUUGUUUGAGUUUGCUCUUGCACGUGCUCAUGUAAAUGUACACUGUUUGAUUAAAUCUAAUCUUUUAA